GUCCUGACUGCACCCCCCUGGAGACGCCCCCCUCCCCCCCCUGCGCCCCCUCCCCCUGUCUGAACGGGGGCACCUGCCGCCAGCUGGGGGAGGGGUCCUUCGACUGCGCCUGCCUGCCCGGUUUUGAGGGUCCCACCUGCGAGACCAACGUGGACGACUGCCCCGGGCACAAGUGUCUCCACGGGGGCACCUGCGUGGACGGGGUCAACACCUACAACUGCCAGUGCCCACCCGAGUGGACGGGCCAAUUCUGCACCGAAGACGUGGACGAGUGCCAACUGCAACCCAACGCCUGCCACAACGGUGGCACCUGCUUCAACACCCAAGGUGGCCACACCUGCGUCUGCGUCAACGGUUGGACGGGCGAAAGCUGCAGCGAGAACAUCGACGACUGCGCCACCGCCGUCUGCUUCAACGGGGCCACCUGCCACGACCGCGUCGCCUCCUUCUACUGCGCCUGCCCCAUGGGCAAGACGGGCCUGCUGUGCCACCUGGACGACGCCUGCGUCAGCAACCCGUGCCACGAGGACGCCAUCUGCGACACCAACCCCGUCAACGGCCGCGCCAUCUGCACCUGCCCCCCCGGCUUCACCGGCGGCGCCUGCGACCAGGACGUCGACGAGUGCUCCAUAGGCGCCAACCCCUGCGAGCACUUUGGGCGCUGCGUCAACACCCAGGGCUCCUUCGAGUGCCGCUGCGGGCGGGGCUACGCGGGGCCGCGCUGCGAGAGCGACGUCAACGAGUGCCUCUCGGGUCCCUGCCGCAACCAGGCCACCUGCCUGGACCGCAUCGGGCGCUUCACCUGCAUCUGCAUGGCCGGGUUCAGCGGGCCCCUGUGCGAGGUGGAGGUGGACGAGUGCCAGAGCAGCCCCUGCGCCAACGGCGGCCGCUGCCACGACCUGGUCAACGGCUUCUCCUGCUCCUGCCCCCCCGGUUUCUCGGGCCCCACCUGCCAGACGGACAUGGAUGAGUGCGCCAGCACCCCCUGCCGCAAUGGAGCCAAGUGCCUCGACCGUCCCAAUGGCUACGAGUGCCGCUGCGCCGAGGGCUUCGAAGGUCCUCUUUGCGAACGCAACGUGGACGACUGCUCGCCGGACCCGUGCCACCACGGCACCUGCCUGGACGGCAUCGCCAGCUUCUCCUGCGCCUGCGCCCCCGGCUUCACCGGUUACCGCUGCGAGCUCCAGCUGGACGAGUGCCAGAGCGGCCCCUGCCGCAACGGCGGCAAAUGCAUCGACCGCAUCGACGCCUACCAGUGCAACUGCCCACCCGGCACCACCGGUGUCAACUGCGAGGUGAACCCCGACGACUGCGCCAGCGACCCCUGCGUCCACGGCGUGUGCCAGGACGGCAUCGACCGCUACGACUGCGUCUGCCAGCCUGGCUUCACAGGUCCCCGCUGCAACGUGGAGGUCAACGAGUGCGCCUCCAACCCCUGCCGCGACGGUGGCACCUGCGUGGACGGCGCCAACGGCUUCACCUGCCUCUGCCCGCCGGGCACCCGCGACGCCCAGUGCCGCCCCGGCACCCUGCCCUGCCACAGCAGCCCCUGCGCCCACGGCACCUGCCGCGACCACGGGGACGGGUUCACCUGCGAGUGCCAGGCAGGCUGGGGGGGCCCCACGUGUGCCCGCAGGGAGGACCCCUGUGCCACCCGACCCUGCCGCCACGGGGGCACCUGCACCCCCUUGGGUGGGGGGUACCGCUGCGCCUGCCGCCCGGGAUACCAGGGCGCCCAGUGCCAGGUGGAGGUGGACGAGUGCGCCUCGGGGCCGUGCCACCACGGGGGCACCUGCCUGGAUGGCGCUGGCACCUACCGCUGCCUCUGCGCCCCACCCUUCACAGGGCGGGCGUGCGAGGUGGCGCUGGCCCCCUGCUCCCCCAACCCCUGUGACAACGGCGGCGUCUGCGUCCCCACCCCUGACUACGGGGGCUUCACCUGCCGCUGCCCCCCCGGCUGGCAAGGCGAGCGCUGCCAGGAGGACGUGGACGAGUGCGGGCAGAAGCCCUGCCUGCACGGGGGGGUCUGCGCCAACCGCCCCGGCACCUUUGGGUGCCUCUGCCCCCACGGCUACGGGGGGGGCACCUGCCAGCACGACCUCGAUGACUGCCACCCGGGGACAGGGGUGCUGGGGCGACCCCUGCCUGAACGGGGGCACCUGCCGGUCUUCUCCUGCGCCUGUCCCCCCGGAUUCGGGGGUCCCCGCUGUGACACCGAGGAGGACGAGUGCAGGAGCCGCCCCUGUCGCAACGGUGGCACCUGCACCGACUACGUCAACAGCUUCACCUGCGCCUGUCCCCCCGGCUGGACCGGCCGCCACUGCCACGCCCAGCACGACGUCCCCGACUGCACCGACAGCUCCUGCUUCAACGGGGGGACCUGCGUGGACGGCGUCGCCUCCUUCACGUGCCGCUGCCGCCCCGGCUUCACGGGCACCCACUGCCAGCACCCAGCGGAUGGGUGCCAGGGCCAGCCCUGCCUGCAGGGUGGCACCUGCGUCACCACUGGGGACACCUACCGCUGCCUCUGCCCGCCGGGAUACACCGGCACCCAGUGCCAGACCCUGCUGGACCUGUGCCAGGGGGCACCCUGCCGCCACGGGGGGCUGUGCCGGCAGACGGGUGCCUCUCCGUCUCCUGCCUCUGUCCCCCCCGUGGGGUGGCACCGCCUGCGAUGUCCCAACGUCACCUGCGCCGCCGCCGCCGCCGCCCACAGAGACCCCCCCCGACCGCUGCUGCUGCCAAACCCCUGCCGGCGCGGCGCCGCGUGCCGCAGCUACGGGGGGGGCUACGAGUGCGAGGUCCCUGGGUGA